GUCGCAAGAAACGGACGUGAGUGUCUCGAGUGUUGCCACAAGAAUCGAAAAGAAAACUCUGAACGGAAUACGAGACUUUUUUCAAGAUAUGUGAAUCAUUAGUGGAUUACUGAAAACGAAAAUAAAUACCAACGAAAAUAUUUACCACAAAUCUCAAGCAAACGAUACGCGCGCCGUGCAAACUAAUAAAAAUAAAUAUAAUACCGCAAAUAUUCAGUGUUGAGUGAUACUCGAAAAGUUGUCAAAAAUCAAAGCGAAAUUCCCAAGCAAUACAUUGGAUUAAUAAUUGGCUCCAAACCGAUUUGAUUAGCUAGCAAAAGACAAGCAGAAACAGUUUAUCAAAGCACUUGACAAAUAUCCGUUGGACUAUAAAAGCAGAAAAGCGGCUACAAGGCCGCCAAUGAAGGCUGUCCAGAUGACAGCGAUCGGGCAGCGAAUUUGACACGCACCCAAAAACUUCAAAGCGACUCGCAACCGAACCGGGUAACCCCCUAUAUAGGAUAAUCCCCCGCAGACCCGAAGAUCGAGGAGGUAUACCACCUAUACCACACCCCGUCCAGCCGAAAUCACACGUACUCAAUGUGGAAAAUGCUGGAUAUGAUGGAACUGUCCGAAGCAGAGCUCUUCAUGUUCGACUGCGACGAUUGCUCGGGCACGCCCCUCGCCCCACCGCCCCAGUUCUUCAUCCCACCGCCUCCGAGGCCGCCGGCCCUGGCCGAAUUCACGGUGGUGCCGCAGGAUUGCAACGAGGAGCAAUUGGCCCAGCAACAAUGGGAAAGCGAUGUCUGCCAGGCAAUGCCGAUCUUGGAUGCCAGCCUGUACAGCAGUCAGUCGUUGGCCACAUCGGCCAUGAUAGCCGUGUUCUCGCUGCUCUUGGUCUUGAUUGUUCUCAUCUCGUCGCUGUUCGUUUGGAAAAACAAGCGGAAGGUGCAGAAUCUGCUGCCCUGCAAGACACCCACACGCGGCCCCCUCAAUGGAGCCAUGCCCCUGGGCGGUGGCACUUUGGGAUCGGCGCACCACCAUCAUCAUCACGGGAUGUACGAGGAUCCCGAUGCGCACUUGGGCCACCAUAGACCCCUGGUGAUGCAUCGGCAUCACCAUCACCAGCAGCUGGCGCACCAUCAUCACUAUCAGCAGCAUCACUCCGAGCUGCUCCAAGGAAAGAGUAUUCACUAUCCCAGCGGCUAUCCCAUGACGCGUUCGCCACCGUUCCUGGUCAGCUCCUCACCGGGACCCGAUCCGUAUCGCUCCAAUGACAAUGUCUACGAGGAACUGGGACCGGGACGCGUUGAUUCCGAUGGCGAGUCGGAGCCGCCACUUCAUUCAGAUGACGAUUUCGCCGAGGAUGAACUAUCCCUGCCUGGCGAAUGCAGUUUCCAGAAGGAAACCAACCUGCCAGCGACAGCCGGUGCCACGCCCUAUCACGAGAGGGCGGUGGGAAGCAGCAGCAGUGGCACAGGAACAGCAGGAGUAGCGGGAGCCACUGGAGCGGUGUCUACAUCCGCUAGUCUGCCACAGGCUGUUCAGGAGCGUCACAGUGUCCUGAGCAGUGGUUCCUCAACGGGUCAGGACACCUCCACCGCGACAGCAUCCUCUGCCAGCAAUAACAAUCACGAGUUGGCAUCGGGAUCGAACAAUCGCCGUACUGGCCGCACGCGACAAAGUCGUAGCUCUCAGGAUCAGGAUCUCAACAACAGCACCUCAACGGCGGAUAUUGCCGACCUGGCGCCUCUGUACGACAACCGCAGCAAUCUAAUGUCCCUGGGCUACGUGGCCCGCUCCACAGCACCGCAAUUCUAUAACACCUUGGAGCACGAAGUGGAGCGCAGGAAUCGGAUUAAUGCGCAACUCAGCAAAGCCCCAGUUCCUCCGCUAUCCACGAUUUACAGGGAACGCAUCCGCUAUCCCCAUGCCAGCCAGCAGUAUCCGUCAAGUGUGGCCAGUGGCCUGAUGGCCGCCACGAUGAGGGCGAGAACUCAACCGAGGGUAUUGGACCGUCGAUUGGCACCACAUCAGCAUCAGCACCACCGCAUCCACGCUGCACCAAUGACCCAGGAGCCAUCCUACUGCUACGCAGAGCCCAUGUACAAUGCCAACUAUUACUACGAAAGUGCUGGUGGUGCCCGGCCCUAUGCCUCCACCUUACUAUCCACUGCCGCGGACUAUAGGCAUCCGUACGGGGACUCCAGUUUUGGAUCCGAUUCGGGAUACAGUCACCAUACGCCUGCCAGCUCGAUUGGGCGACAGGACUAUGAUGUAGCCGAGCCACAAGUGCUAACCCAACCGAAACCGAGCAAACUUAGUUCGGCCCUGAACUUCAGUUGGAAUCGCAACUCGCGGGGCAAGGGAACAAGUGGAGGAGCUAUUGCCAAGACCUCGGGAAAUAGCAGCAACAGUAGUGCCACCAGCCCCAACAACAACAGCAGCGCCUGCUCCACCGUCACAUCCCAAUUGGAGAACAACAAUACUGCCAGUCUCUCACCAGCGUAGAUAAACUAAUCAAGUAUACCCCAUGAAAUAUCCUUGUAAAUAGGGGUUUGAAAACAAAGCCCUUGUACAGUUAGUCAUAUCUCUUGAGCUAAGCAUACUAAAUAUCAAAACUGUCCUGCGUGUACAUCGUCAAAGCAAUAGUUGUUUAACCUAUAUAUACUAAACUCGAAGCGGAGAGCCCAAAGUUUCUUGAUAGGAUUAUCGGAGAUGGUUGCCAUACCACCAAGUUUUCGCUCUGUUUCAAAAGCAAGAACUUGUCGCAAAGCAAAGAACUUAUAGGUCCUAAGUGUUUUUCCAAUGUGAUUGCCAAAUUCUACAUUAUAAUACUAAACUUUAUUGAAACCUGCAAAACUAAUUUAUAAUCUAGUUAUAAAAUAGAUAUGUCCAUAAUGUUACUUUUAAGUUUAACUUUAGUUUUGUUUGUUAUUUUAGUUUUUAAGUGAAGUAGAUAAAGAGAAGAGCUCCUAAAAAAGUUGCACAGAAGGUCAACAAAAAUAUACCAAAAUAUUAAAAAAAAAAAACAAAAUGAAAUCAAUGAAAUGGUUUUUUAUUUUUUCAAAAUUUUACAAAUUUUCAGUUGCUAGUAUUUUGGGUUUUGAUGUUUAGCCAUUCCAAUUUAAACGCAGACCAAAUAUUUUUCUUUUUAAGUGUAUAGUAUACUUUUCGGCGUUGCAAUUAUCUAGACAAGAAUUCUUUUGGUCUACAUACUUUUCAGAUAAACUGUAAUGUUAACCGCUAACAAAGGCUCUGUUAGCUUACAGACAACAAAAUAUUAUAAUUUCGCGCAGCUGUCUUCUUUUAACAAUUAAUAUACGUGCACAUUGUGGUGAAAUAGUAACUUUGUUGGAUUUUGUUAACUAUAAAUGGCAGUAUGUAUUGCAUUUAACCGCAUCCUUUGAGUAACGACAACCAAAGGCUCUAAAAAGACUGUUUACAUAUAAAAGAACAACAUAUUUUACUUAUUAACGAAACAAUAAUAUACUGUGUAAACUAAAUCCUAGUUGGUAAAGCUUUGUAAACUAAAUCUUGGUAAGGAAUCCAAGCAAGAAGCGCAAACAAAAUCGGAUAAAACACCCAUUAGGUAUAUCGAGUGAACCACUUUAGCGGGUGCCCUUGUCAAUGAAUCCCCGCGACAUAGAGAACACUUCCUAGGUUGUAACAGAACUGUAAAUAGCAGAAGGGGAUCACUGUCCCCCUGCCCACGUAAUCGGUAAAUAUAUCCAUAUAUCCUCAUAGUUCCCCAGCCCAUCCAGCCCGUUUGCCUCAGCGAUGUGUGAGCGGAAGCGAAAUGUUAAAUUUUCUUAUAUGAGCACAAUGCAAUGUAUCCUAUAAACCGUAGUCUAUACAUACAUAUUCGUACGUAGAGUACAUAUAGCAUAGAAUUGAACAAUCCCAGGAGGAGAUAUGCUUAUAUUGAUAAGGGCCGAUCCCUAGACCUCCCCUCCCACGAGUAGAAACUUAAAAGGAUUAAAACUUAGUCUAGAUUAACUUCUUCAGCCAUCAGCCAUAUGAUAUGCAAUAAUUGCUUUAGAUCAAGUUCAAGUCGUUGUGAUUUUUGGAAAACAGCCUAUUGAAAUCGAAGUCUCUAUAAACAUUAUAAGGUAUGAAAAGACCCAGACAUUUAAAAUGCAGUAGCACAAUCAUCGAGCGAGUGACAAAAAACGAACAAAAAACAGCAGCUUACAAGGACUAAUCCUAAAAUUAACUAGAUGUAUGGUUAUCAGCCUAUCAUUUUAUACAAAGUAGUGUACUAUUCUCUUCCAUAUUUCUUCUCUUUUCAAAUGGUUUCCCUCAAACUCGAUUUCAAAACUAUUUUAAUUUGAAUUUUACAUAUCAACGAUCGUAUUUAUGUAAUAUAGCACACCUGGUUUCUAAUACUAUCAAUAUCAGUACAAACACUAUAUUAAAGACGACAAACUUUUAUCCUAAACUUAAACCUUCCAAGCAAACCAAACUCGAUAAGAAAUUUUCCUCCAUCGCAAGUUGUACAUACGGAUGUCAAAAAGAAAAUGUUGCUGUAGCUCUUCCAAACAAGUAAACAAUAAUUAUAAAAUGUUUAAAAAAUUCCAUAAAAACUUAAGUUGUUAGGCAGCAAACUAAAUUACUAUAGGUAUGUAAAUAAUUGUUUUCAUGUUAAUUUACUACUAAAUUUUGGACAGCAUAUCAGGCUACAGCUUCUACAACUGCUUGGAUUUAAGACAAUGAGGAGAUUCUUUUCAUUCAAAUGCAAAGUGAAAUAACUAAUUGGAGCGAUUUAAUCGAAUUUAUAAUGUUUAAUGGCAGUUAAUCGAAGUAAACAGGUGUGGAAAAAAAACUCAAACAUCAAUAUAAAUAUCAAUUAAAUUAACAAAAUGAUUAGCAAUUAAUUAUGUCCCAACAACUAGUUAGUUUAUACAUUUUUUGUAAAACAGAUUAAACAGUUAGUUACACCUUUUUCUAUAAGCAGAUAUUGAUAAUAAUUAAAAGAAAGAAAAAGAAAAUCCGAAAA